AAAGCCAACCAAUCAGAAUAGGUUUUGUUGGUUCUCCGCCGGACUGAGCCUGUGAGCUCUUGCAUAAACAAGAGAGGACACUGCCACUCUAAGGAGAAACAUUUUGGGUUCUCUAAAACCUUCAGAAUCUCCUGAAGCUUUGGACUCUCGCGUCAACAUGAGCAGGAUUAUCGGGGUUCUGAGACGUACCUUCGGAUACGUGCGGGAGCACGUCGGAACUGACCAAUUAGGAAAUAAAUAUUACUUCAUCCCUGAGCAGAAGUCAUGGACAGGGAAGCAUAUCCGUGCCAAACGGAUGGUGGAGGCAGCCAAUCCUGCAGAGUAUGAAUACGCAGAGGGCAGCAUUCCGAUGGAGUGGGAUGCUUGGAUGCGAGGCAGACGGAAAGAUCCCCCUUCUAUCGAAGAAAUACUGACAAACCAAUCUGAAAGGGAGCAAAUCAAGCUGAAGGCCAAAGAGGUGGAGGAGAAAGAAUUGGCCCUGCAAGCUAAAGAGUAUGAGGAAGGUCUGGUGGCUCCAGCACAAACUGUGGCAAAAGGGCACGCAGCUGCCGCUAACUUUGGCAGGGAGGAGAUCAGCGAGGAGCCAGUCAGCACAGCAAACACAUUCCAGCCUGGUUCAUGGAUGCCCACUUCCAAAAAAUAGACUGAGACAUCCGCAUAAAGUGGAACUGCAGCCCCCUGAAGAUCAAUGCAUGACUGGAACAAGUGUGUUAGCCAGCUUUUCAAAGCUAAGAGUAUUUAGUGGGGACUUUACUAAAGGAAAUGUUGUUUAAAAUCAAUAAUCCUGUAAAUUCAAAAGGACUGGUAAAGCUGUCUUAUUUUGUUUCCAAUCAGGAAGUGUUUAUUUCUAAGUAUUUUAUGAAAGGAUUUGCUGUUUUCUUUUACUCUAAAAACUCCAGCUGAAAUGUUAUCAUCCCUCCUUCUUAGAACUUCAUUUAGGUUUUAUUUAAGAGAAAAAUGAGAAUCAAACAUGAUGAAUGUUUUUUGUCAAACAUACUGUACAUAAAUAAAAUUAAAUGUUUUUAAGGUGCAUUUAAAUACUGUAUAUACUCUAUUUUAUAUAUAACAAAUUUUAAAACAAGUUUGAAAAUCAAGAAUGAAAACAUUGAAGAUUUCCAUAUGCAAAUAUAAGAACGGGGAAGAUAUUUUACAACCAAUAGCAAAGGAAAAAAGCAUCUAAUCUUUCAUGAACAAAGAAAUAUUUGACUUAAGUAUAAGCAAAUUUAUGUCAAAGAUAAAAGAAAAAGUACAUUUGAAAGAUGGAUAUUAAAAGGGUCAAACCUUUUUUUUUUCCUCAAAAUCUAAUAUUGCAUAGGUUUCAAAAGUUCAAGAAUUUCUUUUUUAAAUGCAAAAAUGCUAUGAACACUGGCAUAUUUGUCACAUCAAAAGAUGUUAUUUUUUUAUUUAAAUAAAGUCUGUUUUUGCCACUAGCCAUAACUUUAUUGUACAUCGUUGAAAUGAAAUGAGUUUUACAUUUCUGUCUAAAUAAUAAUCCAAUUUUUAAUAGAGGUUGAGGUUAUUGUUUAACUUAUUUAAAAGGAGUAAAUUAUACUCAUGGUUAUCACAAUGUUCUGAGCACCCACCAACAAAAAAUAAUUUCUAUAUAAAGCCUCAAAAAUUAUUGAAUUCUUCAGUUGGGUGAAACUAUUGAAAGAGCAAAAAAAUGUCAAAAUCUUCUUGUGGAUAUAGAAAUAAUUUGAGGAAAUUAUGUGGAGCUGCAGCACAAAACAAUUCCAACUUCAUCCCCAGUCUUCCCCCCAUGCCGAAUGCCAACCAGAACACAACUAACUCGAGAGGGGAUACUAAGAGAAAAGGAAUUCGGUAAAUACUUACCUAGCAUUUAAAAAAUA